AUGGCGGUCUUGGGGAUUGACAUCGGCACGCAAAGCAGCGUGCUCGCCACUAUUCAUAAAGGGUCUGUCUCAGUGGUUCGAACGGAAUUGGCGGACAGGUUGACACCUUCGUUAGUUCUCUUUGCCCAGGGGCACCGCCUCAUGGGUGAUCAUGCUGCACCUCUGGUGAGAAGUCAGGCGAAGGCCUGCUGCCGUGGUUUCAAGAACCUUUUGGGUGAGGCGUUUUCUGGAUCGUCGCGCGUCGAACGAGAGAGGAUGUUUCAACUCGCGGAAAUUGCGGAGGCUCCUGGGGGUGUCGCUGGCUUCAAAGUAAUGGUGGGAGAUGCCGAGGAAGUCAUCUCUGCCACUCGUGUCUGCGCCGCCCUUUUAACCAAACUCAAACAGGUGGCGGAGGUUUCCACACAGCGACCUGUAGGGGAGGUUGUAAUUGCCUGUCCUGCAUGGUUUCGAGAGGCGAAUCGAGAGGCUCUCCUUGAUGCUGCGCAAAUUGCUGGUCUUCCUUGCCUCCGGAUUAUUAGUGACAUGACUGCAACUGCAUUGGAUUAUGGCCUUUAUCGUCGCCAGCACUUCUCGGAUGCAAAGACGAUCGUGGCGUUUGUGUCAAUUGGUCAUUCGACGGCGUCAGUGUGUAUUUCGUCUUUCACCUCCUCUGGAGCCGAGGUUCUCGCUCAAGUUUCGAAUCCUGAUUUGGGAGGAAGAGACAUGGAUCUAUUAAUUGCAGAGCAUUUUGCAAAAGCAUUUGAAAAGAAGCAUGGCAUGAAUCCUAUGACAAACGUCAAAGCGAAGCUCAAGCUGGAGGAUCAGGCAGAGCGAGCCAAGAAGAUUCUUUCUGCAAAUAUCGAAACUACCUUUGCCGUUGAAUGCCUGAUGGACGAGAAAGACUGGUCGGGUCCAAUCACUCGCAAGCUUUUCGAGGAGCUGUGUCAAGACACUUUCAAGCCACUCCUCCUGAAGCUGCUUCAGCAGGCAAUCACUCUGAGUGGCGUGGAUUCCGCGGAUAUUGCACACGUCGAGGCCAUCGGCGGCUGCACUCGCAUUCCCUGGAUUCAACGCUGCAUCAGCGAGGCUUUUGGAAAGGGCAUUUCGAGGACGCUGGUUGGAGAUGAAUGUGUAGCGAGAGGCUGCGCCUUGCAGGCGGCCAUGGCUUCUCUGCACUUCAAAGUAAGGGAGUUCGACUUCAGCGAGAAGCUGUGGUAUCCCUUGUCUAUCACAUGGUCUGGAGAAGGCCCUCUCUCGGUGUCUUCCUGCACCCAACCCCAACCAGCGGACGGCACUGCUUGUUCUGACAGCCUCCCCCCUGUUGGCUCGCACGAGAUCGAGCUGCCAGUGGGCACGCCUACGAAUUCUUUGAGGAAAAUCACCUUUUUGAGGAGCGGCUCCUUCGAUCUGCGCGUCGCAUACAAGGAUUUGGGCAGGGACUGCAAGGCUGCUGAUCUGGGGGGUUGCCGCGUGGAGCUGCCUGAGGGAUGCGGCCCCCGCGAAGUGCAUGUAUUCUGCUCUUUGAAUUACAACGGACUCGUGCGUUUCCCGCGUGCCUGCAUGAAGAGUCUGGAAGCGGAUGUGGCAGACGCAUCUGCUGAGCAGGGAGAUUCAGCGGCAGGGGCAGCAGCAGGGGGAGAAAGCUCCGAGGUUGAGCAACAACCCCCCCUCGCAGACCCCGCCGCUGGCUCGCCUCAGGCACCUCCUCCUGCCAAGACAGUGACGGAGGUGCCUGUGCACAGGAUCCCUUGCGCCAGCCGCUUGACGGAAAAGGAGCUGCAGACGUAUCGGGAGCUGGAACUGCAGAUGGAAAAUGAAGAUCGCAGGUUCAAGGAGAUUCAGGCGCGGCUCAACGAGCUCGAGACGGAGGUGUAUGCUGUACGCGACGAUCUGGGUGGUCCACUUUCUGUGUUUGCGUCGAGCGAGGAAAAGGCUGCCCUCCUCAAGCUUUUGGAGGACCUCGAGAUGUGGGUUGGUGACCAUCAGGAUGAUCCGAAGCUCACAAAGAGCGCCAUCGGGGAGAAUGAUCAAGCGCUGAAAAAGCUUGCAGGUCCUGUACAGUACAGGCGGCAACAGAGCGAACUGAGACAAGUCGCAGUCAACAAGCUGCGAGCAACCAUCCAGGAGAGUCGGCAAGCUGCAACAGGAGGGUCUCCCGAUUACGCACAUAUCGAGCUCCCGAAGAUGCAGCAACUGUUGCAGGCAGCAGAGGCGGACGAGGCGUGGCUAAACAGAGUGCUUGAAGAGCUGGCUGCCAUUCCACUCUUCAAGGACCCUUCAAUCCUUGCGGAGCAGAUCGAUCAGCGAUGUUCAGACCUGGAGACACUUGCGAAAAAGAUUCUUUCUACGCCCAAGCCUAGACGUGAGGACUCAGGAGUGAACGAGGUUUCUUAUAGGGAAAGCGGGGGAGAAUGA